AUGGACCAACGGCAGGGGGGGAAAGACGCCAAGGAAGGAGAAGCAUUGCAAAGAAAAAGGUGCCCCGUUGAAUAUUAUAACCCCAACUAUGAAGAGAAAAUGUUCAGGUCACCAGGAGGAGUCAAAAGAUGGACCAUGAAGAGGUUUUUAUGUUUCUCCAUAGGAACAGCAAGUAUUAUUUACGCGAUACUGUUGAUAUUAAUGUCCAUUCUAAUGUUAACACACACAUCGACUUACAAUGAAGCCUUGUUCAUAGUUAUGUCCAUUUUAAAUUGCAUUUGCGCAGUACUAAUAUUAAUAUCAGUUGCACACAAAAAUGCCUUUACAGCUUACAUAGCAUAUAAUGUGGUGGUAAUCAAUUAUAUUGUUGAAGCAAUUGAGUGUUUAAUAUGCCUGUACAAUAUCUGUACUUCGCAUAGCGUCCAGUGGUAUUACGAUAAUUUUGAUUGGCACAGGAAAAUUAUUUUUAAUUACCUUAUAUAUUAUGGCAUACUAGAAAUGACUGUUCAUAUUUUUAUGUUUAUCAUGUCCUUCUUUGUUAUACAAUUGGUUUGGAGUUUUUAUCGUCUUUUGCAAGUGGGUGGAAAUAUUUUUUCCUUCCAGAGGGCGGAAGAUAUUGAGAAAAGCUUUCAUGGGACGUACUACUACACCUACGGGACCAUACCCCCCGUGCAGCCUUACUGA